CGGGCCUGACUGACCCGGUCUUUCCGCAGCGCCCGAGGGCCGGCCGCCGGGAGGACGGGGCUUCUCGCUGUGACGUGCGGAGAGGUCCAGCUUGAGGAGCGCGGAGACGGGAGCUCCGAUCUUCAGAACCGGGAGGAUUGGGGAUCAUGGAGGCAGAUUGGGCCGAGAUGCCCGAGAAGAGAGCUACGUCUUCCCAGGAUUCUCUCUUUUCCCAAGAGAAGAGCACAGAAAAGGGAGAAGUGGCAGCUCUCCGCCUCACAGCCAGAUCCCAGGCAUCUGUGACAUUCAAGGAUGUGGCCAUGGACCUUACCCCCGAGGAGUGGGGGAAGCUGGAUCCUGCACAGACGGACGUGAUGCUGGAGAACUAUAGGAACCUGGUCUCGCUUUGGCUUCCAGUUUCCAAGCCUGAGAACUACAAUUUGGAGAAUGGAAAGGAAACAUUGAUGCUUGAGAGAAAAGUCCCCAGAAGCAGCUAUUCAGACUCAGAGAGUAGACCUGAGAGUAAAGAUUCAACUUCAGUGCAAGAUUUUUCCAAAGAAGCAUCAUGCCAGGUUGCAAUAAUAGACAGACUGACAGGAAAUAGUGUCUAUGAUACCAACUUGAAAACAACUCUUGAAUGUGAAAAUUUGUUAGAGAAUCAGCAAGGAAAUCAGGGGAGACACUUGAGAGAAAUGUUCACAUACAUUAAUUCACUCCCUGAAGAAAGGGCUCAUGAUCAUGAUGUAUAUUGGAAAAACUUUAGUCAGAAGUCUGUCCUUCUCACUCAAGACAGAAUUCCAAAAGGAUCCUAUGCCUUUCAUACACUUGAAAAGAGAUUGAAACAGAAAUCAAGUUUAAGGAAAAAGCAGAGAACCUAUAAAGAGAAAAAACCUCAUAAAUGUAAUGAUUGUGGUGAACUGUUCACUUACCAUUCAGUGCUUAUUCGACACCAGAGAGUCCAUACUGGAGAGAAACCCUAUAGCUGCGAUGAAUGUGGGAAAUCUUUUAGCCACAGAGCUAAUUUAACUAAACAUCAGAGAACUCAUACUAGAAUUCUCUUUGAGUGCAAUGAAUGCAAGAAAGCCUUUACAGAAAGCUCGUCCCUUGCAAUACAUCAGAGAAUUCACAUUGGAGAGAGACCUUAUGAAUGUAGUGAAUGUGGGAAAGGAUUUAAUCGAAGUACACAUCUUGUACAGCAUCAGUUGAUCCAUACUGGAGUGAAGCCUUACGAAUGUAAUGAAUGUGAUAAAGCUUUCAUUCAUUCCUCAGCACUCAUCAAACAUCAAAGAACUCAUACUGGAGAGAAACCCUAUAAAUGUCAGGAAUGUGGGAAAGCUUUUAGCCAUUGCUCAUCCCUGACUAAACAUCAGAGAGUUCAUACUGGAGAAAAGCCAUAUGAAUGUAGUGAAUGUGGAAAAACCUUUAGUCAGAGCACACAUCUUGUUCAACAUCAAAGAAUUCAUACUGGAGAGAAACCCUAUGAGUGUAACGAAUGUGGGAAAACCUUCAGCCGGAGUUCAAAUUUUGCUAAACAUCAAAGAAUUCAUAUUGGAAAGAAACCAUACAAAUGUAAUGAAUGUGGUAAAGCUUUUAUUCAUUCAUCAGCUCUUAUUCAACACCAGAGAACUCAUACUGGAGAGAAACCCUAUAGAUGUAAUGAAUGUGGGAAAAGCUUUAACCAGCUUGUCAAGCUUGCUUACCAUCAAAGAACUCACACUAAAGAAAAACCUUAUGAAUGUAAUGAAUGUGGGAAAAUGUUUAGUCAGCCUUCAUAUCUUAGUCAACAUAAAAAAAUUCACACUGGAGAAAAACCCUAUAAGUGUAACGAAUGUGGAAAGGCCUUUAUUGCUUCUUCAUCACUGAUGGUACAUCAGAGAAUUCAUACUAAGGAGAAACCUUAUCAGUGUAAUGUCUGUGGAAAAUCUUUUAGCCAGUGUGCACGUCUUAAUCAGCACCAGAGAAUUCAAACUGCAGAGAAGCCCUAUAAAUGCAGUGAAUGUGGGAAGGCUUUUAGUGAUAAAUCAAAACUUGCACGACAUCAAGAAACUCACAAUGGAGAGAAACCCUACAAAUGUAAUGAUUGUGGGAAAGCCUUCAGGAAUAAGUCAUAUCUUAGUGUACAUCUGAAGACCCAUACUGAAGAGAAACCAUAUAAAUGCAAUGAGUGUGGAAAAUCCUUCAAGAAUACCACAAUUUUUAAUGUUCAUCAGAGAGUUCAUACUGGAGAGAAGCCCUUUAGAUGUAAUGAAUGUGGAAAAGCCUAUAGAAGUAAUUCAAGCCUUAUUGUACAUAUAAGAACUCAUACUGGGGAAAAACCCUAUGAAUGUAAUGAAUGUGGGAAAGCAUUCAACCGUAUAGCAAAUUUCACAGAACAUCAGAGAAUUCAUACGGGAGAAAAACCUUAUAAAUGUAAUGAAUGUGGGAAAGCAUUCAUUAAUUAUUCAUGCCUUACAGUACACCACAGAAUGCAUACAGGAGAGAAACCUUAUAAAUGUAGUGAAUGUGGAAAGGCCUUCAUGCGUUCCUCAUCUCUAAUUAUACAUCAACGAAUUCAUACUGAAGAGAAACCUUAUCUAUGUAAUGAAUGCGGGGAAUCUUUCAGAAUAAAAUCACACUUAACUGUACAUCAGAGAAUUCAUACAGGAGAGAAACCAUAUAAAUGUACUGACUGUGAAAGGGCAUUCACCAAAAUGGUAAAUCUUAAGGAGCAUCAGAAAAUUCAUACUGGAGUGAAACCCUACAAAUGCUGUGAUUGUGGAAAAUCCUUCAGAACUAAGUCAUACCUUAUUGUACAUCAAAGGACCCAUACUGGAGAAAAACCAUAUAAAUGUAAUGAAUGUGAGAAAGCUUUUACUAAUACAUCACAGCUUACUGUGCACCAAAGAAGGCAUACUGGAGAAAAACCCUAUAAAUGUAAUGAAUGUGGGAAGGUUUUCACAAGUAACUCAGGAUUUAAUACCCAUCAGAGAACACAUACUGGAGAGAAACCAUUUAAAUGUAAUGACUGUGGGAAAGCAUUUAGCCAGAUGAUACAUGUCACAGAACAUCAGAAAAUCCAUAGUGGAGAGAAACCCUAUAAAUGUGAUGUGUGUGGAAAAGCCUUCAGGAGGGGUUCAUACCUUACAGUGCAUUGGCGAACACAUACUGGAGAAAAGCCCUAUACAUGUAAAGAAUGUGGAAAAGGUUGUAUUACUCUCUCACAGCUAACUCUACAUCAGCGAAUUCAUACUGGGGAGAAGCCGAAUAAAUGUGAAGAAUGUGGAAGAGCCUUUAGAACAAACUCAGACUUUACUGUACACCUAAGGAUGCAUACUGGAGAAAAACCCUAUAAAUGUAAUGAAUGUGGAAAAACCUUUAGGAGUAGCUCCAGCCUUACUGUACAUCAAAGAGUACAUCAGAGAAAAACUCAGUUAAUAUAAAGAAUAAUAAGUCAUCCAGUUGUCUAUAAGAAAAAUCAUAAUCUGUAUAUAUAAUGAAAGUGGGAAGACUUUCAGGAAUCAAUUUACCAGAAGAUACAGAAAAAAAUAGUCUAUAAACAUAUGAAUGAGGAAAAACAUUUAAUCAUAUUAAAUCUUAUAAGGAAAUUCACAAUGGAGUGCAAUAAUGGACAAAUGAAAGCCUUCAUCCAGGUUUGAUACUUUAUUCAUGUAACAGGUUAUCUUUAAUGAAUUGCCUAUAUACUUUUGCCUUUUUUUCCUAUUGGUUUGUUUAAUAAAUCUGGAAGUGCUCUUUUAUACA